AUGGCUCCGGUUUCUGCUCUCGCGAAGUACAAAUUAGUGUUCUUAGGAGAUCAAUCGGUCGGAAAGACUAGUAUUAUCACAAGAUUCAUGUACGAUAAAUUCGAUAACACUUAUCAGGCUACUAUUGGUAUUGACUUUCUUUCAAAGACAAUGUACCUUGAAGAUCGAACAGUAAGAUUGCAGCUUUGGGAUACUGCCGGACAAGAAAGAUUCAGGAGUCUAAUUCCAAGCUACAUAAGGGACUCCUCUGUUGCUGUCAUUGUAUAUGACGUUGCAAGCAGGCAGUCCUUCCUCAACACUUCAAAGUGGAUUGAGGAGGUUCGCACUGAGAGAGGCAGUGAUGUCAUCAUUGUGGUGGUUGGCAAUAAAACUGACCUAGUGGAUAAGAGGCAAGUCUCAAUAGAGGAAGGAGAGGCCAAAGCUCGUGACCUAAAUGUCAUGUUUAUUGAAACGAGUGCCAAGGCUGGCUUCAAUAUAAAGGCACUAUUUCGCAAGAUUGCUGCAGCCUUGCCAGGAAUGGAGACGCUAUCCUCAGCAAAGCAAGAGGACAUGGUUGAUGUCAACCUCAAGUCGAGCAAUACAAAUGCGUCUCAGUCACAACAACAGUCUGGAGGAUGCGCCUGUUGA